AUGGCUAUGUUUUACAAAGAUACUACUGGAAAGAUGAAUGUAGUGAACCCUUUGACUGCAGACAAUGACGCAAACCUUGGAUUAAAGGCUCGUUCUGAGUUUACCAAAGAGAGUCAUACGGAGGAUAUGAUGGGACCCAUUCACAGUGAUAUAUUCUUUCAAGGCCAGUUAAUGCUCAAUGGAGUUAAUUUAAGAAUCAAACUGAAUCGGGCCAAGAAUGUUUUUUGUCAUGUGUCCUCAGCAGCCGCAGCUAAUUUCAAAGUGGUUAUCACAGAAGCCAUCUUGUUUGUACGCAGAGUCAAGGUUGCUUCCUCUAGGCCAUGCAGCUGGGCUAAAACACUCCAGCGCCAAGUACCCCAUUCGCAGAAUCGACUGUAA